AUGUUUCCUACCAAGGGCUGGGUGAAGUUUCACAGAUUAACCCUGCAGGGGAGAGACAUCUCAGAAUGGAGUAGGCUAUGGCCAUGGCUGAAGGCAAGGAUAGUGGCUGCAAGGAUCCCAAGGAGUUCUCAGAAUUGGAGACCAGACUUCCCCCCAGGCUGGAGGAAACAGGACUUCCUAACAUCGACUGAACAGGUAACAUCCUGGAUAGGCCUCUUCAAAGAGGACCAAGGAGGCGCCCACAGGUGGACUGAUGGCUCAGCCCUCACCUACAUCAACUGGAACUCCAAGGACCUGAAUGGCAAUGGAGCGGCCCCAGCCUGUGUAAUGAUGCUCCAGCAGGGACACUGGAGUGACUCCUCUUGUGACUCAGAAUCCCUCGUUUACAUCUGUGAGAAGAGGCAGAGCUGCUGA